AUGCCAGUCCCUUCCAACUCUCAAGGCGCAGUUCAAGUACCGCCGCCUUCCAUCAUUGAACAAGGUGGCAACUCUCAGCCAAAGGAGGAGGGAGACGAGGAUGAAUAUGGCGCCAUCCACAGACAGCUUUGGGAGCUCACAGCUCAAGAUCUCAAGGACUGGCGAGACCCCACCGAUGGCGAGGACCCUAAUGAUAUUGAGCCCGGUUUUGAAACAGAUGGGAAAGAGAGAGGCUUUGGAGAUCUCGGUAAACUCCAACAUGAGAAGGAUAUGAGGAAGGAAUGGAGACAUGCCUACUCCGUCACAUCGAACUUCCCCAGCUCGAACCACAUCUAUGGAAAGACUUUGGCCAAUUUGGAGAACCAUGAAGCUCGGUCCGAGGAGUUCAGUGCUGAUCUUAAAUUCGAUCCUGUUGCCGACGUGGAGUAUAGCUCGGAAAAGCCUGUCCGUUAUGAUCCUUAUCCCAAGUACAAUAGCGACGAUUGGAAGAAGGCUGGGCACGCCCAGUACUUUCCAUGUAAAGGUGCCACUGGGGAGCCUGUCGAAGAUCUGCUUGUCUUCAAGGGCCGGCCUCGCGAAUGGCCUCUGCCACGUUUUGGCAGCUAUGAUGCUCUCAACAUGGACCCUAACCUUUGCUGGGAGCGAGAGACCCGACUUGGUCCUUAUGGCUUGCAUCGUCAGUUCAAGAAGGUUGGUGGGGAACCACAACCCCUUAACUUUGAUACCGUCAACUGGGGUGACCUCCAGCGAAUGUGUGUCAACAAGAAUGCACAACGUUUCGAAAUGAACCGAGAGCGAGUCAAUGAGUACCUCAACAACUACUCCGAGACUGUCAUUGGGCCUCAUGAGCCUGAAAAUCCUCAGGAACCUGUACAAGCACAAAAGUCGAAACGAGAUGUCUCAGCGGAGACAGAAGGUGAUAGCUCCGCUGUCCCGAUCAACGCUGAUACCGCACCCCCAGUGGCUAGUCCUCAGCCAGAGGUCGAAUCUUCGGAACAUGUGAAGCAUCCUAGAGCUCCUACAAAGGAUUACGUUUCCGAGCCCCGAACUGCAAUUCUUCUUCGGUCUUACACUGGAAAGGAUUACACCGAAAAUGAUAAGCAAACAAUCAGGGCGCUGGUUUCCGAGUUGUCUCUCAAGACUGGUGGUCAAUAUGAAGUAUUCCUGCUGGUCCAGGUCAAAGAUAAUAACCUGCGCAUCUUUGACAACGAGGAUGUUUACCAAAAGGUUCUCUCGCAGAGUGUACCGCCUGAAUUCCGCAGCAUGACGAUCCUAUGGAACGACGACAUCGUUUGGCAGCUUUACCCAAAGCUGACCGAUCCUGAAUCAAAGAACGUCCACACUGCCCAGUGGCUUUCGGUGCAGAAAUUCAGCCAAGAGUUUCCCCAAUUCGAUUUCGUCUGGAACUGGGAGAUGGAUUUUCGCUUUACCGGUCACCACUACCACCUUUUGGACAAGCUCGGUGAAUUUGCCAAGAAGCAACCUCGAAAGGGCAUGUGGGAGCGAAACGAGAGAUGGUAUAUUCCUACUUACCACGGCAACUAUGACGAUGAGUUCCGCAAGGACGUCGAGAAGCGAUAUGGCGACGAUGUUAUUUGGGGUGCUCCUGAAUUUCCUUUCAUCAACCCCAUCGGUCCCAAGCCUCCUGUUGCAAGCCCCAGUCAGGACAACUAUGAAUGGGGAGUUGGCGAGGAUGCUGAUGUGAUCACUGUGUCUCCGAUGUUCAACCCCAUCAACAGCAACUGGGUCAUCGCCAACCAGGUUUGGGGCUACAACGAUUCAACCCACAAGUCUCAAGAUAUCCCUCGACGAACCACCAUUGUUACACAGUCUCGCGUAUCAAAGAGGCUACUAAACAUCAUGCACGUUGAAAACUUGCGUGGAAACCAUGUUGCUUCAGAAAUGACGCCGCAGACAGUGGCGCUUCUGCAUGGCCUCAAGGCAGUCUAUGCUCCUCACCCUGUCUUUAUGGACCGUGACUGGGACGGAAAAUUCCUGAACAAAUGGUUCAACCCCGGUGAAAAGGGCGAUUGCGGUGGCCGUGGUAGUCCCAUGGGCUGGGGUCGAGAGCGAAGAUACAUCGGUUCAACCUGGUACUACCGUGCUAUACCCCCUAACCGAUUAUACAACAACUGGAUGGGCUGGCCAGAUACAGGCAUUGGUGGCUCUCAAUGGGAGGAGAAGCAUGGACGCCCUUGCUUACCUCCCGUCAUGCUGCAUCAAGUCAAGAACACUGAGCCAACUAAGAAGAGCCACGAAACGACCUUUGAAUUAGCCUAUGGUUAA